CUGCCUAAACAGAGUGUGUGGAAAGCUGGGCCCUGUCCCAAUGCUCCGAAAUGUAUUAUUUUAAAAAAUGUAACCUAAUAAACCCGGAACGAUGAAUUGGGGAUGAAAAAGUAUGACCAGUGUGAUUAUAAGAUGAGUUUCUUUCUUUGUUAUAAAUGUAGUACUAACCAAGAAAAUAUAGUUGAGUUAGACUAUUCUCGUUGUGGUAUUUCCGAAGUGCCUGUUGAUGUCUACAACAACUCUCCGACUUUAGAAGUGUUACAUCUUGAAGGGAAUAAAUUGAAGGAUCUGUCACCUCAGUUGUUUCAAUGCAUUGAUUUGAGGUAUUUAAAUGUCAGCGACAACGAAAUCAGGUCUAUUCCGCCACUAAUCUCAAAGUUGAACAGUUUGCAAGUGCUAAUUUUCAGUAAAAAUGCGCUGGUUUUGGAAGGAGUCUCGCCAAAUAUCGAUAAACUAAACAAGUUGACAAUACUCGAUUUAAGCAUGAAUGAUUUAGGAAAAGUCCCUGAAGCUAUAAUGAGUUUGAUUAAUUUGCAACAGCUGUGUUUGAAUGAUACAGGAAUUGAUUAUGUGCCUGCCAAUAUUGGACGCCUCUCCAAUCUUAGAAUUCUAGAAUUAAGGGAUAAUAGUUUGAGGGAAUUACCCAAGUCGAUUAGGAGAUUAACCAAUUUACAAAGACUUGAUGUUAGCGACAAUAACUUGUCCCAAUUGACUGAAGUUUGCGAAUCUCAUGGCAAUUUGACUGAAUUAUGGAUCAACGGCAAUAAUAUUACGAAAUUGUCGCCCGCAAUAACACAUUUGAAAAAAAUGAACGAUUUUGAUGCUUCCUACAAUAAUCUACAAACCGUACCAAAAGAAAUAGGUCAAUGGACUAAAAUAACUAAUUUAAUUUUAAGCUUUAAUCAAAUUUCUGUGUUGCCAAAAGCCAUAGGAAACUUACGCAAUUUACAAGUAUUAAAACUCGAAUCAAAUAAUUUAGAGGAGCUGCCAAACACAAUAAGCAAACUCACAAAUCUUGAAGAACUCAAUCUCCAAAAUAACUUCAUUAUAAAACUCCCGUCAGGAAUCGGCCACUUGCGUAAACUAGCAACUCUUAUACUCUCAGAUAACAAGCUGGAACAGCUACCACCAGAAAUUGGAAGUUGCUGUUCCUUAACUAUUUUAAACGUCCACAAUAAUUAUUUAAAUCGAUUACCGGACGAAGUUGGUCAUUUACAAAAACUCACAACUUUGGGUGUUAUAGGCAACAAAUUGGAGUAUUUACCGAUCACAGUUUCAAAAUUAACUAAUCUGAAAGCACUGUGGUUGACCCCAAACCAGACUCAACCUUUGAUUCAUUUACAGAACGAGCAACUUCCUGAUGGCCAAGUUGUUCUAACUUCGGUCCUCUUCCCGCAAGUGCCCCUCCCUGAAGCCCCGCCCCCUGUUCACCUCCCUAUGAGCACCCAGAGCUACCAUAUCACCUUCAACAUGGAUAAUAUCCCCACUGAAGCCUCCCUUAGCCGCACCCCAACCCCCCACCACAAGGAAUUGCGCCGUUUGAAGAACAUCCUCCGCGGAGGGGAGCCCCCUGAAAGUCAGCCGGCGAGCAUCUCGGAGAUCAAGGAGGCGAAAGUGACGCACAUUUCCGGCGAAUUGUCGGUGUCCCAAUCGAGUCUGCUUGAUAAGGAGGAUGAAACACCGAAAGGGGAGGAGCCUCCGAAACAGCCGCCCCCGUAUCAUAUCGCAGCGGCGUAUUCGAAAAACGCCCAUUUGUUCGCACAGAUGUGCCCGCCCAGUCCGCAUGACCAACCCAAACAGUUCAGUCAGCAACAACCGGCGAAUAUUCACCACCCGACGCCGAAGUUGGCGAAAAAUCGGGAGCAAAUCGGGGAUUUUUACGACGAGGGGCGGAGACCAAAGUGGCCAUUUGGAGCUCACCAGAUUUGUAAAGUGAUAGAAGUGGAGUUGGUCGGGUUUAGGGUCUUGGGGGAUUUUCAUGUUGUGGCCAAAACUGAUGGUGUUUAUGUGGAUCAAGUCCAUCCAGCCGGCGUUGCAUAUCAGAAAUUGCUCCCAGGAGACAAAAUACUCAGUUUUGAUGACGUUGAUUUCACUGUUAUGGAUUCGCAAAGUGCUUAUGAAUAUGCUUACCAAAAAAUCGGGACGGUUAAGGUUAUAACCGUUUCACGCAGACAAGUGUCUUGACAAGAAGUAUUUUUUUAGAUUAGUUGCAUGCCUAAUACUCCUAACAUUAAGUGCAUCGCACUUGCAUUUAACAUUGUUUAUGUUACCUCAUAGUUGUUUUCUGAUAAUUUAACUAGAGGCUGUGAUUUAGUUUAAGUUAACAUUAACUCAAGAGUAUUUGUUAUUUAUUUAUGUACAAGUGUAUUACAAUUAGCUCUCUAAUUUUCUAUGACUAAAUUGACUUUUUUAUAUUUCUAAAAUAAAUUAUGAUUGAAUUGAGA